AUGCGUCCCAUCCUGCUCAAGGGCCAUGAGAGGUGCUACAACAAGGAGGGCGACCUCCUGUUCACGUGCGCCAAGGAUCACCACCCCACGCUGUGGUACUCCGACGACGGCGAGCGCGUUGGCACGUACAUCGGCCACAACGGCGCCGUGUGGACGUGCGACGUGACCGAGGACUCCAAGACCCUCGUCACCGGUUCCGCGGACACCACGUGCAAGAUGUGGGACACCGAGACCGGGACGUGCUACUUCACCCACCAGUUCGAGCAGCCCGUCCGCGCGGUGGCGCUCUCCAAGGGCGACCAGCACAUGGUGAUAUCGUCCGAUCCCUUCAUGGGCGUCCCGGCCGCGCUUCACAUCGUGGACGUCGCGGCGAACAGGGAGGAGCAGACGAACGAGAUCAAGAUUUCGAUGUCCGGGCCGGAGGGGAGGAUCAACAGGGCGCUGUGGGGCCCGCUGAACCGCACCAUCCUCACGGGCGGCGAGGACGGCGUCAUCCGCCUGUGGGACGUGGAGACUGGGAAGAUUGUGCACGAGGCGAACGACCACAAGAAGCAGAUCCAGCACCUCUCGCUCUCCGUCGACAAGACGCACUUCAUCAGCGCGUCCCUGGACAAGACCGCGAAGCUCUUCGACUCCGAAACCCUGGAGUGCCUCAAGACGUACGCGGCGGAUCGACCGGUGAACGCCGCCAUCCUCUCGCCGAUCCUCGACCACAUCAUCCUGGGUGGUGGCCAGGACGCGAUGGCGGUGACCACGACCCACUCCAAGGCUGGCAAGUUCGACUCCAAGAUCUUCUACAAGAUCUACGAGGAGGAGAUCGGCGGGAUCCGCGGGCACUUCGGGCCCAUCAACGCGCUCGCGUGGCACCCGGAUGGCCGCUCGUUCACGUCGGGUGGCGAGGACGGCUACGUCCGCAUCCACCACUUUGACAACGACUACUUCCGCAUCAAGUAAACGCAUAGGAGAUGAUGGGAGGCGGGUGUGUCGUGCGGAACGUGACGGGCGACGCGGCGGUCGCGUCGUUCGAGGUGAGCGUACAGGGGGUGGGGGGCGUCGUCGCGGCGGGGUUUGAGGAAGAGCCCGCGUCUCGAAAAUAGCUUACGAAAAUACAUAGGCAAAGCUUUACAUCGCGAGA